UUCAAUUUUUUUUUUUAUAGAUUUUUUAUUCUUUUUUGUUUUUUUUUUGUUUUUUUUUGUUUCACAUUUUUUUUCGACUUUACAGUACUUCGCAUUGUAUUCCUUCACAUUCAUUGACUGAUUAUUUGCCUCAUUUUCUAAUUAUAUUUUUAUCGGUUUAUCUUUUUUAUUUUUUUAUUUUUUUUUUAUUUUCUUUUUAUUUUUUUUUUUUUACUUAUUAUUUGGCCAUAAAUCCAUACCUAUAUAGCAUUAAGAGCAUACCUUUAAUAAUUUUUGAAGUAUCUUGAAACCAAACCUAUUCGUAUGCAUUAAUCCUUAAAUGUACUAUAGUUAAAUGUUAUUUAAUUAAAGGGUGUUUUUACAUUAAAAUUGAUGGUUGAUUACAGAAUUGGAAUAUUAAUUUUUCUAUUUAUAUAUAUAUUAUUAAUAUAUCAAAUCGUUUAUGUUUACAGAAAAAAGAAAAUGUCUAUAGUACCACUCGUGUUUCAUGAUUGGUGGGAAGAUAUGGAUCGUCCCGUUUCAAGGAUUUGGGAUCAAUAUUUUGGUAGAGGAUUGCAUAGAAACGAUUUGGUCACAGGAUUUUCCGAUUUCGGUAUAAAUAGACCAUUAAGAUCAUUAUUGGGAAACAACAGUACCUACUACCGACCAUGGAGGACAGUGACACGACAAAAUUCUGGUGGCUCGAGUACUAUCAAAAUGGAGAAAGAUAACUUUCAGGUAAUACUGGACGUUCAGCAAUUUUCACCUGACGAGAUUACGGUGAAGACGGUUGAUAAAAACGUGGUUGUAGAAGCCAAACACGAGGAAAGACAAGACGAGCAUGGAUUUAUCAGCAGACAAUUUGUACGAAGAUAUAUCCUGCCAAAUGAUUACGAUGCGAUCAACGUAACCUCGACGCUUUCCUCUGAUGGUGUUUUAACCAUAACGGCACCAAGAAAGAAGCCCGAACCCACUGGAACCGAAAGGAUUAUAAACAUCGUUAAAACCGGUUUGCCUGCUGAAAAAACGUUGCCGGUUGAAACCAAAAUCGAAACUCAAAUUGAAACCGAAAAGAAAAACGAAACGGAAUAAAACGUAAAUGAUAAUUAUCAAUCAAUACAUUUGAUUUAUGUAUAAUAAUUUUAUAUAUUAAAUUUAUAUAUAUAUAUGUAUGUGUGUAUGUAAUAAAAAUAUUUCAAAUUGUUACUAGAGUUCAAUCCAUAAGAUCACUGUGAAAACGAUGACACAGAUUGUUAUAUGCGUACAAGAAUAAAAUCAAAUGAUACGAUUAACAAUCAA